AUGCCGGCCUCCUGGAUGCUCCUGCUGCUGGCCUGCUGCGGACGCGGCAACGCAAGUAAAAGCCACACGGCCAAAGUGGAAGUGUCAAGUCCCGUCAAUCUGACGCUGCAGUGCAACUGGCCGCAGAACGGCAAACAGGCGGCCAACGUGACGGCAUUCUGGAGAAAAGACGGGCGAGAUAUUGCCGGCAGUCACGUGACGCUGGAGCCGGAGAAGCGGCCGUUUCGGCUCACCAGAACGUUCAUCAUCAAAGAUGAAGAAAAUCUGGGAAGGUACUCGUGCAUGUUUGGAAAUGAAGCAAAGGUCGAUUUCAUUUUGGCAGUGCCGCACGUGGGCAACGUGCGGGACAAGCCGCUGGUCAGCUACGUCGGGGACUCGGUGGUGUUGGUGUGCAAGAUGGACGACAGCAAGCCCGAACCCCGAAGCUGGUUGUGGUUUCGAGGCAACGGCACCGACAAGGAGCUGAUCGAUGCUUCGGGGGAACCUCAAAAGUACCAAAUCCAAAACGACGGCAGGGCCGCCAAGCUGCACGUGUACAAUCUGAGCCGCGACGACUCGGUUCUGUUCUUCUGCAACGCCGUAUUUGCUCUCGGCGCGGCCGUCGGCCACCUGCAGCUAAAGGUGAUCACCGUUUACGAGCCCUUGAAGCCCUUCGUCGCCAUCGUACUGGAGGUCCUUGUCCUGGUGGCAGCCAUCUUGCUCUUUGAAAGGAGUCGCUCCAAGAAGGGCCAAGCGCACCAAACCUCGGGGAACGCGCUGGAAAACGCGGAGCCCCCGACCAACGGCGAGCCGUCGUCGUCCGCCGCGGCGUCGGGAGAACGCAACGGGCUGGAAGAAAAGCCCUCGGCCAGGCAACGCAAGGCUUGAAAACGUCACGCACCAAAAGCAACGAACUGCACGCGGAUUGGAGAGCUCCAGCGUAGCUCCCAAUCCAACGUCUCUACCCGACCGAGUAUGACGAAGAAGCAAACGGAGCGCAGGCAAAAGGCAACAACCGCACCGGAACUGAGUGCAAAUCUUCUCAACUGAUUUCAAUGUCGAGGUGCAUGUCGCUGG